AGGGGAUCGUGCAGGAGUUGUUUUCAUCUUUGGGGUUACGAUUUCACUCCGCUGCGCGAUAUUGCCCAGUUUAUUACCACCCCCGACCGCUUUUGUUGAUGAUUCGCGGUUGUUAAUGACUUUUUUCAACGUGACUCUGUGACGCGACUUGCCCGAGCAUUAACCUCAAUCAGAAAGAGCAGAGCUAUCUCCAUUCCGCCAUUGGCAUUAUGGCAUCAUUACCCCCUCCUCCACCUCCAGGAUGGGGUGCAUCGGCUCCGCCGUCGAUGCCUCUGGCUCCUCCGCCGCCGGGAUAUCAGCCGCCAGCUGAUCCGACCGUCGCAAAAUUUGCUCAGAAGAAGAACGAAUGGCUCCGGACACAACGAAACCGAUUCGGAGAGAAGAGAAAGGGUGGAUUUGUUGAAACACAGAAGGCGGACAUGCCCCCAGAGCACCUACGAAAGAUUGUGCGAGAUAUCGGCGAUGUAUCGCAGAAGAAGUUCAGCAACGAAAAGCGUAGCUAUCUCGGCGCGCUGAAGUUCAUGCCCCAUGCAGUUUUGAAGCUGUUGGAAAACAUGCCUAUGCCCUGGGAGUCUUCAAGGGAAGUAAAGGUUCUAUACCAUGUUAACGGCUGUCUCACACUGGUAAAUGAGACUCCUAGAGUUAUCGAACCCGUCUUCCACGCACAGUGGGCGACAAUGUGGGUGUGUAUGCGCAGAGAAAAGAGUGAUCGUAGACACUUCAAGAGAAUGCGCUUUCCUCCCUUCGAUGACGAAGAGCCACCACUGUCCUGGUCGGAGAAUAUCGAAGACGUUGAACCGUUAGAGCCCAUCCAGAUGGAACUCGACGAGAAUGAGGAUUCCCCCGUCUACGAGUGGUUUUACGAUCAUCGACCUCUCCUUGAUACCCCCCACGUUAAUGGUCCUAGCUAUAAGAAGUGGAACCUAUCUCUACCGCAGAUGGCGACUCUGUAUCGUCUAAGUCAUCAACUCCUCAGUGACGUGGUAGACGAGAACUACUUCCACAUGUUCGAUCUGAAUAGCUUUUUUACAGCAAAGGCUCUGAACGUUGCCAUCCCUGGUGGUCCGCGCUUUGAACCGUUAUACAAGGACAUUGAUCCCAACGACGAAGACUUCAGUGAAUUUAACGCCAUCGACCGUAUCAUUUUCCGUGCCCCCAUUCGCACGGAAUACCGAGUCGCAUAUCCUUUCUUGUACAAUACUCUCCCUAGAAGCGUGAAAGUUUCUUGGUACUCCCAUCCGCAAGUUGUUUAUGUUCGGACCGACGACCCCAACCUUCCUGCUUUUUACUUCGACCCUGUAAUUAAUCCAAUCUCCUCUCGCUCCGUCGCGCCUAAGAACAUCACAGUCAGCCACGAAGAUGAAAUCUUCGGACCAGGAAAUAAUGAAGACGAGUUCGAGCUUCCUGGAGAAGUCGAGCCUUUCUUCGCAGACGAGGAGCUUUACACCCCCGAGACCGCAUCCGCUAUUGCGCUCUGGUGGGCUCCUCACCCAUUCAACAAACGCUCUGGAAAGAUGGUUCGUGCACAGGAUGUGCCAUUGGUGAAGCAAUGGUACCUCGAGCAUUGCCCACAAGGCCAACCCGUCAAAGUUCGCGUGUCUUACCAGAAGCUUCUGAAAACGUUUGUGCUCAACGAGCUUCACAAGAAGAAGCCCAAGGCUCAGAAUAAGCAGAACUUACUGAGGACCCUGAAAUCCACCAAGUUCUUCCAGCAGACAACUAUCGACUGGGUUGAGGCUGGUUUGCAAGUUUGCCGCCAGGGUUUCAACAUGCUUAACUUGUUGAUUCAUCGCAAGAACUUGACGUACUUGCAUUUGGACUACAACUUCAACUUGAAGCCGGUUAAGACCCUAACCACAAAAGAGCGGAAGAAGUCUCGUUUCGGAAAUGCUUUUCACUUGAUGAGAGAAAUUCUGCGUCUUACCAAGCUGAUUGUUGAUGCCCAAGUCCAGUAUCGUCUGGGCAACAUCGAUGCCUUCCAACUGGCUGAUGGUAUUCUCUAUGCUUUCAACCAUGUGGGACAGCUGACCGGUAUGUACCGUUACAAGUACAAGCUGAUGCAUCAGAUUCGUUCUUGUAAGGAUCUUAAGCACUUGAUCUACUACCGAUUCAACUCUGGCCCGGUGGGCAAAGGUCCUGGAUGUGGUUUCUGGGCACCGGCCUGGCGCGUUUGGCUGUUCUUCAUGCGUGGUAUCAUCCCUCUUCUUGAGAGAUGGCUUGGGAACUUGCUGUCUCGUCAGUUCGAGGGUCGUCACAGCAAGGGAGUUGCGAAGACUGUCACCAAGCAGCGUGUGGAGUCUCAUUUUGACCUCGAACUUCGUGCUUCCGUCAUGGCUGACUUGAUGGACAUGAUGCCUGAGGGUAUCAAGCAGAACAAGGUCAAUACAGUCCUUCAACAUCUCUCGGAAGCUUGGAGAUGCUGGAAGAGUAACAUUCCUUGGAAGGUUCCUGGGUUGCCUGCUCCUAUCGAAAACAUCAUCCUUCGGUAUGUCAAGAGCAAGGCCGAUUGGUGGAUAUCUGUCGCGCAUUACAACCGUGAACGAAUUCGCCGCGGUGCUACUGUGGAUAAGACCGUUGCCAAGAAGAAUCUUGGCCGACUCACUCGGUUGUGGCUCAAGGCGGAACAGGAGAGGCAGCACAACUAUCUGAAGGAUGGUCCUUACGUGUCGUCUGAAGAGGCUGUUGCUAUCUACACCACCAUGGUACAUUGGCUUGAGUCCCGCAAGUUCUCUCCAAUUCCAUUCCCUAGCGUCUCCUACAAGCAUGAUACCAAGAUUUUGAUCCUUGCUCUUGAACGUUUACGUGAAGCAUACUCCGUCAAAGGUAGACUCAAUCAGAGCCAGCGUGAAGAGCUUGCUCUUAUUGAACAGGCCUACGAUUCUCCUGGAACGACACUGGCCAGGAUUAAGCGAUUCCUUUUGACCCAGCGAGCGUUCAAGGAAGUCGGUAUCGAUAUGAACGAUAAUUACAGUCAUAUCAAUCCAGUGUACGAUGUGGAGCCUAUUGAGAAGAUCACCGACGCUUAUUUGGAUCAGUAUCUCUGGUAUCAGGCAGAACAGCGCCACCUCUUCCCCUCGUGGAUCAAGCCUUCCGAUUCCGAAGUUCCUCCGCUGUUGACGUACAAGUGGGCACAAGGCAUCAACAACUUGUCCAAUGUUUGGGAAACUGCCGAUGGCGAGACAAAUGUAAUGAUCGAGACGGAAUUGUCGAAGGUUUACGAGAAGAUCGAUCUUACUCUAUUGAACCGACUGCUGCGCUUGAUCAUGGACCACAACUUGGCUGACUACAUCACUUCCAAGAAUAACGUGCAGCUCAGCUACAAGGAUAUGAACCACACGAACAGCUACGGGUUGAUCCGGGGUCUACAAUUCUCUGGCUUCGUCUUCCAGUUCUAUGGUUUGAUGAUUGAUCUGCUGCUUCUUGGACUUCAGAGAGCUAGUGAAAUGGCGGGUCCACCUCAGAGCCCUAACGACUUCCUGCAGUUUAGGGAUCGUGCUACCGAGACCAGACAUCCUAUUCGUCUGUAUACCCGCUAUGUCGACAGGAUUUGGGUGUUUUUCAGAUUCUCUGCAGACGAGUCUAGAGAUCUUAUCCAGCGCUUCUUGACGGAAAAUCCGGAUCCCAACUUCGAAAACGUUAUCGGUUACAAGAACAAGAAAUGCUGGCCGCGUGAUUGCCGAAUGCGUUUGAUGCGGCACGACGUCAACCUGGGCCGCGCUGUAUUCUGGGAUUUGAAGAACCGUCUGCCGAGGUCGAUCACGACGAUCGAAUGGGAUGAUACCUUUUCCAGCGUUUACAGCAAGGACAACCCUAACCUUCUGUUCUCCAUGUCUGGGUUCGAGGUUCGCAUUCUUCCGAAGAUUCGCAACCAGAAUGAAGAGUUCUCAGUGAAAGAUAGCGUUUGGUCUUUGGUCGAUAACACGACGAAGGAACGCACGGCUCACGCCUUCCUUCAGGUUACAGAGGAGGACAUCCAAAAAUUCAAUAACAGAAUUCGUCAAAUCCUCAUGUCUUCUGGUUCCACGACCUUCACCAAGAUCGCUAACAAGUGGAACACGGCUUUGAUUGCUCUCUUCACCUACUAUCGUGAAGCCGCCGUAUCGACUGUCAACCUUCUGGACACGAUCGUCAAGUGCGAGACCAAGAUUCAGACCCGUGUCAAGAUUGGGCUUAACUCUAAGAUGCCUUCCCGUUUCCCUCCGGCUGUUUUCUACACUCCAAAGGAACUGGGAGGUCUGGGUAUGAUCUCGGGAUCCCACAUCCUUAUCCCUGCUAGUGACAAGAGGUGGUCAAAGCAAACCGAUACCGGUAUUACUCACUUCCGAGCCGGUAUGUCACAUGACGAGGAAACAUUGAUCCCCAACAUCUUCCGGUACAUUAUUCCCUGGGAAGCCGAGUUCAUCGAUUCUCAGAGAGUGUGGAUGGAAUACUCUCAGAAGCGACAGGAGGCUCAACAGCAGAACCGUCGUUUGACGCUUGAGGACCUGGAGGACAGCUGGGACCGUGGUCUGCCUCGUAUCAACACCUUGUUCCAGAAGGAUCGCAGUACUCUCAGCUUCGACAAGGGAUUCCGUCUUCGAGCCGAAUUUAAACAAUACCAGCUUAUGAAGAGUAAUCCGUUCUGGUGGACAAGUCAGCGUCACGAUGGUAAAUUGUGGAACUUGAACGCCUACCGUACUGACGUCAUCCAAGCUCUGGGUGGUGUAGAGACAAUCUUGGAACACACUCUGUUCAAGGCCACGGCUUUCCCAUCAUGGGAAGGUCUCUUCUGGGAGAGAGCUUGUCUUGCCAAAGGGACACGACUGUUGCGAUAUGAUGGCAGUGAAGUCGAGGUCCAGGAUGUUCGCGAGGGAGAUCUCCUCCUUGGUCCUGAUGGUGGUACUCGUCGAGCAUUCAACAUAGUGAAUGGCAAAGACCGUCUCUAUCGCAUUAAGAUUGGUGGAAGUAAAGAGGACCUAGUAGUUACACCAAACCAUAUCCUGGUUCUUCAUCGGGAGAAACGUGCUAGAAAUGCUUAUUCAGGACCCUCUAUACAAGGCCAUGUCCAGCGAUUUGAAAGUCGCUUUGGUGACCUGCCAGUUCCAAGUUCUAGUCCAGCGGCUUCCAACCGGCCCAAUAACCUGGUCAAGGACCGGGGGGAUUUCCUGUCUGCUUUGAAGAGCGCUAUCGCUUGGGUCCUGCAUGCCGAACGGAGUAAGACUGGUGCAGUGGCAGUUCGCAAUGUACUCAAUGGUACGGUUGGCCUUACGACCCACGAAGAGAACUAUUCGGUCACCAAUCCGCUAGUCAAAGGGGUCUACUUCACUUACGCUUGGGGCAAUCCUCAGAGAAACAAUAUCAAGGGCCAUCCCGACCACCCUCCUGUUUUCUUCGACACCAAGGAUGACGCUUUCUCUGCUGCCGUUGCAAAGAGCCGUGAACUGUAUUCGCAAGGUGAAGUUACUUUGGCAACGCUUCGCAACCGAUUCCUUGCCAAAUCUGCUAAUGGCAAGGGUGGUGAGCUCCUAAUCGACAUCAACUUGCCGAAUAUGUUCCUACUUUGGGGCAAGAACGGGUCAAAUCUGCAGAUUCGUGUGUACUGCUCCCGGAACUACAAGAAAUACGCUCGAUCAUACGCUUUCGAAUCGAUGCCAAGCUCGAACCCUGAGGUCAAUGAGGAUGAAGACCUCCCCGAAGUUUCGGCAGCGGAACGGUACGAUACUGUGGAAAUGACUGCUGCUGAAUUCGCCGCCCUUAGUGCUGAGGAAAGGAGCCGCUAUCGAGUAUUCAGAAGUCCUGGCUUCGAGUUGCCCGAUCAAAAAGUCCCUGUCAACCCCUAUUUCCUCGGUCUUUGGCUUGGGGAUGGCAACCGCAAGUCGACUACUAUCUAUACGGAUCAUGAGUCUGAAAUCCGCGAAUUCCUUGUCGAUCAUGCUGCCGAAUUGGAUCUGAACCUUGUAUGGCAUGGUCAACUAGACUAUGCGACCGUUGGAAAACCUCAUCCUGGAACUGAUACUCGAUUGCCAACCGCUACUAUGGAUACUACUCGACGUCCGCUUUGCCGUCAAGCACGCCAGACGAUUCGAAAGCAACGACUUGCUGCCGAAGCAGUUGAUUCGUCCCCCCGCUUAUUAGAGUCGCAAACCCAGUCAAAGCGCAGCUUGCCUUCAAGCGUCGAACUCACUCCUCCGCCGUCCCCAAAGCGCUUGUCUUUGUCCGAACUUGAUUCCCGGGAGCUUGAUGCAGCUGGUUCCCAAUCACAAGCCGAAUUCACCGGUGUAUCGGUUGUUCCUGAUUCAAUGGCCGAAUGGUUGGGCGAUUCGAAUCCUGAUGAGGUUUCUGAAUCCGUUCCCGAUAAUUCCCCCGAAUUUGGGCUCCUUGAGGUUCCUGAGAUAGAUUCAAGCGUUUUCUCGGAACUUACCGCUGAUUCUGAACUCAUGCGGUUGAUUGAACAAGUAGAGGGUUCUGGAAAAGCCUUCCUCAGCCCCCUCCAUGAGCCGGUACCAGACCUCGAUAUACUCGAUACCGAUAGUGAGGAUGAGGCGAUCGAGAACCUGGAUGUUCAGGGCGAUAGCCAGCCCGAUAGCCAACUGCAGUCGCAGUUCCCUAGCCGUCGACGCAAUCAUCGUUUGCGAACCGGUUGUCGAGCAUAUGGCGAGCUGGAUGCCAAUGAGCAGGAUCAACUCCUCGAUCAAAUGGUCGAUCAAUCUGAAGGCGGUUCCCGUGUUAACUCCCUUCAUAAAGCCCUUGAAAGCCUAGACCUAAUUACCCACAAAACCGGUCCUGGAGCCGAUGUCAAACGUAUUCCACCGGUCUAUUUGAAGAACUCACGGUCCGUUCGUCUUGCUGUUCUUGCUGGACUUAUAGAUAGUGAUGGUUGGUACGUUUACCCGGAAAACAUGUUCGGCUUUAGCCAAAGCGAAAGAUGGCAUUCAAAGCUCUUUUGGGACGUUGUUGCAUUGGCCCGUUCUUUGGGUCUAAGUGUUUGGACAGAGCGACGCAUGAUGUGGAACCCUACUCGUACGGAACGCUAUCCCCAGCUUGUUGCUCAAAUCUUUGGCAAUGUCGCAGAAGUUCCUUGCCUACUUGCGCGAAAGCAGGGCGUCGAGCGCUUCAUUCCCCAAGCACAUAGCUUCAAGAUCAAGGACAUUAGUCUUGAAACCGAAUCUACCGAAUGGGCCGGUUUCCGAGUUGAUAAAGAUCAGCUCUACUUACGACACGACUACCUUGUUUUGCACAACAGUGGAUUUGAAGAAUCUAUGAAGUUCAAGAAGCUCACCAAUGCUCAAAGAUCCGGUUUGAACCAAAUUCCUAACCGUCGUUUCACUCUGUGGUGGUCCCCAACUAUCAAUCGUGCCAACGUCUAUGUCGGUUUCCAGGUCCAGCUGGAUCUUACUGGUAUCUUCUUGCACGGAAAGAUUCCUACUCUCAAAAUUUCUUUGAUUCAGAUCUUCCGAGCUCACUUGUGGCAGAAGAUCCACGAGUCCGUUGUCAUGGACUUGUGUCAAGUCUUCGACCAAGAAUUGGAGCAGCUAGGUAUUGAAGCAGUCCAGAAGGAGACUAUCCAUCCACGUAAGUCGUAUAAGAUGAACAGUUCAUGUGCGGACAUUUUGCUUUUCGCCACGAACAAGUGGAACGUCACCCGGCCCUCGCUGCUGUUUGACACUAAGGACGUGUACGAGCCCACUACGACGAAUAAGUUCUGGCUGGAUGUGCAGCUGAGAUACGGUGACUACGAUUCUCACGACAUCGAGAGAUACGUUCGUGCGAAGUACCUGGACUACACAACCGACAGCAUGAGCAUUUAUCCUUCCGCUACCGGUUUGAUGAUCGGAAUUGACCUCGCGUACAACCUCUACUCGGCAUAUGGACAAUACUUCCCCGGUCUCAAGACCCUGAUUCAGCAAGCUAUGGCUAAGGUCAUGAAGGCUAACCCCGCCUUGUAUGUGCUGAGGGAACGUAUCAGGAAGGGUCUGCAGCUGUAUGCUUCUGAGAGCAACCAAGAGUUCCUUAACUCUCAGAACUACUCGGAGCUUUUCAGUCCUCAGAUCCAGCUAUUCAUUGAUGAUACCAAUGUUUACCGUGUCACCAUUCAUAAGACUUUCGAAGGCAAUCUCACAACCAAGCCUAUCAACGGUGCCAUUUUCAUCUUCAACCCCAGAACUGGACAGCUCUUCUUGAAGAUUAUUCACACCAGCGUUUGGGCGGGGCAGAAGCGUCUGGGUCAAUUGGCCAAAUGGAAGACCGCGGAAGAAGUGGCGGCUCUCAUUCGAUCCUUGCCCGUUGAAGAACAGCCGAAACAGCUUAUUGUUACUCGGAAGGGUCUGUUGGACCCACUUGAGGUCCACCUUCUUGACUUCCCUAACAUUUCGAUCCGUGCUUCUGAGCUCCAACUGCCAUUCCAGGCUGCUAUGAAGGUAGAGAAGCUCGCCGACAUGAUUCUUCGGGCGACGGAACCUCAGAUGGUUCUGUUCAACCUCUACGAUGAAUGGCUGAAGUCCAUCUCACCUUAUACUGCUUUCUCCCGACUCAUCCUUAUCUUGCGUGCUCUGCACGUCAACAUUGACAAGGCCAAGAUUAUUUUGAGACCCGACAAGACUGUUAUCACCCAGGAGCACCACAUCUGGCCCUCGUUGUCUGAUGAGGAUUGGAUCAAGGUCGAAGUACAGUUGCGUGACUUGAUUCUUAAUGACUAUGGAAAGAAGAAUAAUGUCAACGUUCAGAGCUUGACAAGCAGUGAAGUCAGGGAUAUCAUCUUGGGUAUGGAGAUCAGUGCACCUUCGUUGCAGCGACAGCAGGCAGCCGAGAUCGAGAAGCAGCAGGAAGAACAGAAGCAGCUCACAGCUGUGACAACGAAGACCCAGAACGUCCGUGGUGAAGAGAUCAUUGUGACCACUACAUCACAGUACGAGCAGCAGUCGUUCGCAUCCAAGACCGAAUGGCGCACCCGAGCCAUUGCGACAUCGAACUUACGGACCAGGGCGAACAACAUCUACAUCUCUUCGGAUGAGGUUCGUGACGAGGGGUAUACUUACAUUAUGCCUAAGAACAUCCUCAAGCGAUUCAUUACUAUCGCUGAUCUUCGGGUGCAAGUUGCCGGAUAUCUCUAUGGUAGCUCACCGCCUGAUAACGAUCAAGUGAAGGAGGUUCGCACGAUCGUGAUGAUCCCGCAGGUCGGAAACACACGGGAAGUCCAGCUGCCGCACCAAUUGCCCCAGCAUGAUUACUUGAAUAACCUUGAGCCCCUGGGAGUGAUUCACACCAUCUCGGGCAACGAGCCGCCGUACAUGACGGCAAUGGAUGUUACUCAACACGCCCGACUGAUGAAUGAGCACUCCAGCUGGGAUAAGAAAACGGUGACGAUGACCGUUUCAUUCACCCCGGGAUCCGUGUCACUGGCUGCUUGGGGUCUCACGCCGCAAGGAUACAAGUGGGGUGCCGAGAACAAGGACACGACGUCUGACCAACCGCAGGGCUUCUCGACCAGCAUGGGGGAGAAGUGCCAGCUGUUACUCAGUGACAAGAUUCGCGGUUAUUUCCUGGUUCCCGAGGAUAACGUGUGGAACUAUAGUUUCAUGGGCAGCUCCUUCGGCAGUGUCGAGAAACGGCCAGUGUACGUGAAGAUCGACACGCCCCUGAGGUUUUAUGACGAUCAACACCGGCCACUGCACUUCCAAAACUUUGCAGAACUGGAGGAUAUUUGGGUUGAUCGAUCUGAUAACUUUGCAUGAUCUGCAACUGUGAAAGGCGUUGGAAACGUUAUGUAUGAUUGAACCUAUCUUUUUAUUUAUUUAUUUUUUCAUUAUUUAUGUUACUGUUUUCUCCAUAGCUUUUAACUUUCUUGUCUUGUUUUUUUUCUCUCUCUCAUGAUGGCGAUUCUCUUUGAUCCGUUUUUCUUAUCAUUAAUUUAUGUAUACUCUACGAAAAGGGAAAACAAAAAGCGAGGGAUGCAUAUGGUUUGACUAGGCAAUCAUGCAACAGUAUGGAGACAGCAUUG